AUGCCCGACGAUCCGCGCGGCGCUCCGCCGCCGCCCGGCGAGCCCCUUGAUGCGCUGCGUGAGCGUUCGCGCCAGGAGUAUCUAGCGAAGCGCUCGCAGCAGCAGGUCGAGCUGCUGCGGCGCGAGAUCCAAGACGAGGAGACGUUUUUCCGCGGCGUCAAGCUGACCAAGAAAGAGCAGCGCGAGCUCGACCACAAGAAGGAGCUGCUGCGCCUUGCCGAGGAGCAUGCGGCGCUCGACGAGCCGGAGGAGGCGUACACACUUCCGGAGGACUAUCUCACGGAGCAAGGGCGCGUGGACCGCAAGAGGAAGCAUGCCGCACUGCACGACCGCCGAUACGACGACGCGCGCUCUGAGCGCGAGCGGCGCAAGCCGCAAACAUCCGAGCUCGACUCGUUCGAGCGCGAGCAGAUCGAGCGCUCCAUGCUCCUGCAAGAGGCCAAGCAGGAGGAGGACGCGUUCGACUUUGUCAUUGACGAGUCGCAGACGAUCCAGUUUAUCAUGGACAAGCAAAAGGACGGCGGGCUGAACCAGGAGAUGUCCGCCAAGGAGCUCGAGUUCCAGCGCCAGCUGCAGGAAGCCGAGGACCGCGCGACGUCCAUCGACGCGACACGCAAGUCGCUGCCGGUGUACAAACUGCGCGAAGAGUUCCUCGAGGCCGUCAAGGAGCACCAAGUGCUGAUUGUCGUCGGCGAGACUGGAUCGGGCAAGACGACGCAGCUGCCCCAGUUCCUGCACGAAGCCGGCUACACGGCGGACGGCAAGGUUGUCGCCUGCACGCAGCCCCGCCGCGUUGCUGCGAUGAGUGUCGCGGCGCGUGUGGCGGAAGAGAUGGGCGUGCGCCUCGGGCGCGAGUGUGGCUACUCGAUCCGCUUCGAGGACUGCACGUCGGACGACACCGUGGUCAAGUACAUGACCGACGGUAUGCUCCUGCGCGAGUUUCUGACAAAUCCCGACCUCGGAAGCUACUCGGUGAUCAUGAUCGACGAAGCGCACGAGCGCACGCUCAGCACCGAUAUUCUCUUUGGCCUCGUGAAAGACAUUGCGCGGUUCCGGCCGGACCUCAAGCUGCUCAUUUCGUCCGCGACACUUGAUGCGGAAAAGUUUAGCAUGUUCUUUGACGACGCGCCGAUCUUUUUCGUGCCGGGCCGCCGCUUUCCGGUGGAUAUUCACUAUACCCCCCAGCCGGAGGCGAACUAUCUGCACGCGGCCGUCACGACCGUGUUCCAGAUCCACACGACGCAGCCAAAAGGCGAUAUCCUCGUGUUCUUGACGGGCCAGGACGAGAUCGACGUCGCGAUGGAGAACAUCCAAGAGACGGCGCGUGCGCUUGGCGGCAAGAUCCCCGAGCUGAUCGUGUGCCCGAUCUAUGCAAACCUGCCGAGCGACAUGCAGGCGCGCAUCUUUGAGCCGACGCCAGAAGGCGCACGCAAGGUCGUGCUGGCGACCAACAUUGCCGAGACGUCGAUUACGAUCGACGGCAUCGCGUUUGUCAUCGAUCCGGGGUUCGUGAAGCAGAACUCGUACAACCCCCGCACCGGCAUGGCGGCCCUGACCGUCGUGCCGUGCUCGCGUGCGUCGGCGAACCAGCGCGCGGGCCGCGCGGGGCGUGUCGGCGCCGGCAAGUGCUUCCGCCUCUUUACCAAGUGGGCGUACCAGAACGAGCUCGACGAGAAUACCGUGCCGGAAAUCCAGCGCACAAACCUCGCGAAUGUCGUGCUGCUGCUCAAGUCGGUCGGCAUCCACGACCUGCUCAACUUUGACUUUUUGGAUCCGCCGCCGACCGACACGCUCAUCCGCUCGCUCGAGCUGCUGUAUGCGCUCGGCGCGCUGAACGACCGCGGCGAGCUGACCAAGCUUGGGCGCCGCAUGGCCGAGUUCCCGGUCGACCCGAUGAUGUCCAAGGCGAUCCUCGCGAGUGAAGAGCACCGCUGCACCGAAGAGGUUCUCUCGAUCGUGUCCAUGCUUGCCGAGAGCGGCAGCCUAUUUUUCCGGCCCAAAGACAAGAAAGUCCACGCGGACCGUGCGCGGCAGACCUUUUUCCGGCCGGGCGGCGACCACUUUACGCUGCUCAACAUCUGGGAGCAGUGGGUCGAGAGCUCGUACAGCAGCGCGUUCUGCCUCGAGAACUUUUUGCAGCCCAAGACGCUCGCGCGCGUGCGCGACGUGCGCGACCAGCUCGUGAACUUGUGCGAGCGCGUGGAACUCGUGCCGGAAUCCAACGCAAAUGCCGCCGACAUCACCGGCAUCCAAAAGUCGAUUGUCGCGGGCUACUUUAUGAACACGGCGCGCCUCCAAAAGGGCGGGGAGACUUAUCGCGCAAUCAAACAAAACAGCAGCGUGCACGUCCACCCCUCGUCGUGCCUGCACAAACAUGUUCCCCAGCCGCGCUUUUUGUGCUACUACGAGCUGGUGGAGACGUCGAAAAACUUUAUGCGCCAGGUCAUGGAAAUCAAGCCCGAGUGGCUCAUGGAAGUCGCACGGCACUACUUCUCCAAGGAGGACGUGCAGGACAAUGCCAAGAUCCAGCGCCAGCAGCGUACGACGGGCGUGUCGCAGGCGGCAAGCAGCGCACAGCGGGGAAAAAUGUAUGCAUAG